AUGUAUGGCUGGGUUUUCCUGUUGCUAUGGGCAGGGUUUGUGGACUUGUCUGUCACACAACACACUGACACCUUGACCUGGCUUAACUACUUGCGCAGUCGGGCCUAUAACCAUGGAUAUGGCCAAAGUUAUGGCAGUUAUUACGCUUCUCUUUAUGCAGGCGAUGAUGAACCUAUAGCACUGGACUGCCCCCUGGAAUGUGACUGCCCAUCUGCUUACCCUGACGCCAUGUACUGCCACAGCCGCAACCUCCGUCACGUUCCCUUCGUUCCCUCCCGCAUGAAGUAUGUAUACCUACAGAACAACCAAAUUAGUGGCAUCACAGAUGGAGUAUUCGACAAUGCCACUGGACUCAUUUGGAUCAUCCUCCACAUGAACCAGCUGAAAUCAGACAAAAUCAGUAACAAAGUCUUCACCAAACUGCCUAAAUUGGAACGCCUGUUCCUGCACCACAACAAGCUGGAUCGCAUCCCUGAAGGCCUCCCACGUUCUCUUCAAGACCUGCGUAUGAACCACAAUAAUAUUUCAUCCAUUCCGGCUGACUCCUUUCGUGGAAUGACUAACUUAACUGCACUGCGUCUCCAGUCCAAUGCCAUUGAAGAUCUUGGUGGUGCUCUGGAGUCUCUCCAGUCAUUAACCUUUCUGGAUCUGCGUGGGAACCAGCUGACUAAGAUUCCAGAGCGCUUGCCACUGAAUCUGAGCCAGCUAUACCUAGAGCAUAACCGCAUUUCCACUGUCCCUGUGGACUUCCUGCAGAACCGACCUGAGCUGCGCUUUGUGCGGCUGUCUCACAAUCAGCUUACAGACAACGGGAUCCCACCGAACACCUUCAACGUGAGCACACUAAUGGAGCUGGAUCUGUCCUACAACAAGCUGGAGAAGAUCCCCACCAUCAGCACAAAUCUGAUGAACCUCUACCUCCAGGCUAACCACAUCAAAGAGUUCUCCAUCAGCAGUUUCUGUAGAGUUGUGGACAUGGCCAACUACUCCAACCUGCGUGUUCUGAGGCUGGAAGCCAAUGAGAUCAGCUCCCGUGAUGUGCCCCCUGAGGCUCUACUCUGCCUGCGCAUGGCCACAAACAUUGACUUGUAG